AUGGACCAGACUGGAAACUUUGCUGCGCGCCCGCAAUAUAUUGCCCGCGCACACCUCUGCGCGCUUUUGCAUAUUGGCCGCGCAAAAUCCCCUAGAUCCCUUGACAAUAGGAUUUAACAUUAUUAACAAUAAAAAUAACUAAGUGUGCAUGAUUUCAGGCGCGCAGUCUCAAAUUUUCAAAAUAAACUUGCCCGCGCAAGAAGCAAAGUUUCCAGUCUGGGAGAUGGACAUGAAGAACAUGGACAUGGAGAAGUUUACUGCAAAGCGUUUUAAUACAAUUUAGUAAACUCUUGGCAUGUUUGAGAAUUGCAGAAAGACGACCACAAAUGCAGGGAAGAGACCCAGCUAUUUGACUACUUUGGAGGAUUCUGUGGCAGAGUCUCAAAUUUUUUUACAAAAGCUGGUUGAGAAUGCCUGCAUAUAAAGUGUGCUCCAGCCUGGCGUUUUGUCUUCUUCACCAUCAUGAUACCGUAUGUGGCUUUAACCAAUUAAAAUUCCAAAAAAUUCGACUGCCGACAGGCGUGCCGAUAUUAUCCGUGCUGGCACGCAAAACAUCACAACAAAGUUGCUUGGAUGCAGCAGAAUUGCAACCGAGUUGCUGGGACGCAGCAAAAUCGCAACCGAGUUACUGGGACGCAGCAAAAUCGCAACCGAGUGACUGGGACGCAGGUAAAUCGCAGCUGAGUCACCGGGACUCCAGAAUGUUGCCCAAAACCUCUAUUGUUAAAAACUGGUUUGAAAGCAAGAUCGAAUUUCAGUGUUCUAGAAAAGUUCAUGAUUUUUAAAGAUUGAAGGACCAGAAGACGGAAUUCUUCAAAACAAUCAUAUUUUGAUAAAAAUUGGCUUUAGAUUAUCAGAUUUAAAGGAAUCUUAUGUUUUUCGCGAAUAACACUGCGUAGUUUCUUUGCCGACAGGCUUUCCUUUCAAUUGCUUCGAUAACUUCGUUUCAGUUUUAUUCAAUUUGGCUAGCCUUAAAAUGUCAAGAUUGUUUUGUUUAAAUUGACUGUUUGUGAAUCUUUGGUUAAGCCUAUUUGGCUAGGCAGCUGAAUUUUUGUAGAAUUAUCGUUGUCAUGAGGAUAAAAAUUUUUGGAAGAACGAUAGGCUAGUACCCCAAAUAUUUGUCUUUAAAGUUAUGCGUAUAAAAUUAAUUUAGAUUUUUUUGACAUGAUAAAAUGAGUAUGAUAUAAUUAUCUCCUUAUUCUAUUAGUUUUGGUAUCGGAGGUGA